CUCCACACUCCUCUCCUGUACAUACUGAUCACUGUCAUACCCUCCACAUUCCUCUUCUGUACAUACUGCCCACUGUCAUACCUCCACACUCCUCUCCUGUACAUACUGCGCCCACUGUCAUACCCUCCACACUCCUCUCCUGUACAUACCGCCCACUGUCAUAUCCUCCACACUCCUCUCCUGUACAUACUGCCCACUGUCAUACCCCCACACUGCUCUCCUGUACAUACUGCCCACUGUCAUAUCCUCCACACUCCUCUCCUGUACAUACUGCCCACUGUCAUACCCUCCACGCUCCUCUCCUGUACAUACCGAUCACUGUCAUACCCUCCACGCUCCUCUCCUGUACAUACUGAUCACUUUCAU